GGAGGUUAAGGGUCAUUCAUUUGAACCAGCUCAGCAGCAUCUGCAACAUCAAUGAUGGUCUUGUCCUUACAUUUACUGGUGGCCCUUCUGGUGCUCAGCUACAAGUCAUUCAGCUCUCUGGGCUGUGAUCUGCCUCAGAACUACAGCUUGGGUAACAGGAGGGCCUUGGUGUUCCUGGCACAAAUGAGAAGAAUCUCUCCUUUCUCCUGCCUGAAGGACAGACAUGACUUUGGAUUCCCCCAAAAGGAGUUUGAUGGCAGCAAGCUCCAGAAGGCUCAGGCCAUUUUUGUCCUCCAUGAGAUGAUCCAGCAGACCUUCAACCUCUUCAGUACAAAGGACUCAUCUGCAGCUUGGGACGAGACCCUCCUUGAAAAAUUCUACACUGAACUUCACCAGCAGCUGAAUGAUCUGGAAGCCUGUGCAAUGCAGAAGGUAGGGGUGACAGAGACUCCCCUGAUGUACGAGGACUUCAUUUUGGCUGUGAGGAAAUACUUCCAAAGAAUCAUUCUAUAUCUGACAGAGAAGAAACACAGCCCUUGUGCCUGGGAGGUUGUCAGAGCAGAAAUCAUGAGAUCCUUCUCUUUAUCGACCAACUUGCAAAAAAGAUCGAAGACUAAGGAAUGAGACUUGGUGUAACAUGGAAAUGAUUCUUAUAGACUAAUACAGGAGCUGACACUUCCACAAGUUGUGCCACUUCAAAGACUCUUGUUUCUGCUAUAUUCAUGCCAUGAGUUGAAUUAAAUGUGUUAAGUGUUUUCAGGAGUGUUAAGCGACAUCCUGUUGAGCUGUAUGGGCACUAGUCCCUUACAGAUGGCCAUAGAGAUGGAUCUAGUCAUCUAUUUAUUUAAAUAUUUAUUUAUUUCACUAUUUAUAUGAGUUAAAUUAGUUUUGUUCAUAUUCUAUCAUGUGAACUUUUACAUUGUGAAUUGUGUAACAAAAGUUAUGUUCUUUAUAUUUAUUAUUUUGCCUUGUUUAUUAAAUUUUUACUAUGAAAUAUUCUUUAUUUAUUCUUUAAAAUUGAACUCCAAAUCUGGUUGUAAAAACUCAUAAAAGAAUG